CAUGGUGAUCUUUUGGAUGCCCAGUUUCCAAGGAACAAACUCUGCUUUGGUCCUGCCUUUGCGAAGCUGAAGCUUACAGUCUUCUCCAAGACAUUGCCAGUUGGUGCAGCUCCUGUGGGAAUGGAACGCCAUGGCUUGACCCAAUACAAUGCUCUAGCAGCUAGAGGACAUGAGGUCCAUAUCUUCAUCAUCCUUUCUGAUAGACAGCAUCACCAGGACAUCCACAAUGGUGAUCUUCACUUUCACUUUGUGGCCAACAAACAUGGCUCUAUCAAUUGCUCCCUAGCACUUGAGAGCUUCAACCAGGAGAACAUGGCAGAGGCAUUUGAUUAUGUCCAUACCGAGAGCUUGUCUCUCCCACAUUGGCAUGGGAUAUGGUAUGAAAUCAUGCAUUCCAAGUUGUUCCAAUAGCUACUGUCAGACCCAGGAUCAUAUACUGAACUUCACAAUACAAUGCCACGGCGUGAUGAGAUCAGGUUCUUUCCUAGCUACACACAACAAUGUAUUAGCAACAGUGCCAAAGAGGCCCUAGUUAAUCUUUACCAGCUCCCAAGAAGUAAUGCCCAUGUCAUACUCAAUGGAGUUGACAAAAUGUUUGUUCAUGAUCCAGUGGCUGGAGCACAGUUUUGGAAACAAAAUGGCAUACCUUCUAAUGUGAGCAUGGUGAUACGAGUUGCAGGGUGGUUGGUGAGGGGCAAAGGACACCCACUUCUCUACGAGGCCUUCUCAUCAGUAAGCACAUGCCACCCUGGAUUAUCUCUGCUUGUAGCUGGCUCAGGGCCUUGGGCAAAACAUUAUACAGAUUUGGGUUCCAGAGUAAAGGUAUUAGGUGCACUAGAUCCUUCUCAGCUCUCUGAGUUGUACAAUGCGUUCUAUGUGUUUGUGAAUCCUACCUUGAGGCCUCAAGGGCUUGAUCUGACACUGAUGGAAGCGAUGCAAUGUGGGAAGCCAGUGUUGGCAACCAACUUCCCAAGCAUCACAGGCACAGUAGUGGUGAAUGUUGACUUUGGGUACACAUUCUCUCCCAAUGUGGUCUUUAUUGAGGCCUUGGAGCCAGCCAUAAGAGAUGGGCCAAUCAUUUUGCAUAAUAAAAUGUGCAGGGCAUAUGCAUUGUUGAUGUUCACCGCAACAAAGAUGGCUGCAAUCUACGAGUGGUUCUUCCUCUGCAUGAACAACAAUAAAUAUUGCCAAUAUCCCCUUCCAACUGAUUAUUAGAAGAAAACAAGCCCCUUGUAAUAUAUAGGUAAAAACACUAAUGUUUCAUACUAUUUACACUGACACAAGGAAUGUCGGGUGAAUCAAGGUAUGAAAGAGGGUUUAGAUAUGUAUUUUUGGCUAUA